GGGGCCCUAGGGCCAGUACUCCUGUGGUAGCAUGCCAGCCAGGACCAUGGCCAGCUCCCAACCUUCUGGUGUCACAUAAGCCAGCCUCCAUGGCUGAAAAGUGUGCCACAGCUUAACCCCCUUCCAUGAUGAACUCAAAGGACCCCAAGAAGUGCCCCCAGUGUAAGAAGAGUAGAAACAAGGCCCAGGAAGAAUUUGCCAGGAAGUUUCCGUACAGGUUCUCCUGGCUGACGGAACCCACUACAGAGUUCCUGCAGCCCUGGGAGGUCACGAAGAUGAGCACCUCACUGAGGGACCAGCUGCCCCUGCAGAAGACGCUGGUGCCAACGAGAUCCAUCCCAGUCAGAGGAAUGGGAUCAGCUGCCAGCCCGGGGUCUGCCGGGGACCGGUCAGACUAUACGCACAGGCCCAGACUCAGUGCUGGGGCCUGCCGCGGCGGGACUGUCAUGGGAAGAGCACUUCUGGAGGGUGACAUGGAGCCAAGAACUGGAGGACAAACUGAAGCUGUCGACAAUGUGUCAGGGGGCAGGGGGGCUCCUCAACCCACCAGGGCCCAGCACCGGUGGGAGCCGAUCCCUCCCCUGGGUGGGACAGGCUUGGGGCCCCAGAUGUUACAUCACUGUCCUGCUUGUACCCUCCACCACCACCGCCACCUCAGAGCCAACUUUGGGAACUCAAGCUAGUGAGCCGCCGCUUCCCCAGGCCAGGUGCCCGCGCCACCCACCCCUCCAGAAGCCUCUCCCAGGGCCCCACUCCCAGCAGCCUCCC